GAGUCAAGCUGACACCCCCGCAGAGCGGACGAACGUCGUCGGCCCAAAGUCUUCAUCGUCAUGUCCCAGCGGCGGAGCCUCAACCGCCCACGCGGAGGACGCUGGUCGCCGGAAAGUCAUCCGGAGAGCGCCGCCGCCGGCCGGAGAUGCUCCUGGUAGAGGCCGCGAGCAUCCACCGCCGACCCGUCAUCCCCAUCGUCAUCAAAAUGGACGCCCACGAUAACAUGACGAGGACGCUCAGGCUUUCAUUAUGAGCGCUUUGGAGGCUUUUAUUGCACUCGGUUCCGAGCUCGUGCGCCGUUCGGCCCUCGCGCAGUGACAUUCUGACUGAGCGCGUGCGUGGAUGCGGCCUGGCCCAGCGCGCGCGCGUGUCUGUGGAGGAGGGCGUGGGCGCGCAGCCGAGAUCCACCACGCGCACAGCUUGGAGCCAUGGCCAGUGAACCCGUCAUCCUCAACGUGUACGACAUGUAUUGGAUAAAUGAGUACACUUCCAAUUUGGGGAUUGGAGUCUUCCACUCAGGCAUCGAGAUUUACGGCCGAGAAUUUGCCUACGGAGGCCACCCGUACCCUUUCAGCGGCAUCUUCGAAAUCAACCCGGGCAACGCCGCCGAGCUGGGGGAGACCUUCAAAUUCAAGGAGGCCAUCGUGUUGGGCACCACCGACUUCGCAGAGGAAGACAUGGACAAGAUCAUGGAGGAGCUGGGCAAGGAGUUCAAAGGCAACGCCUACCACCUCAUGCACAAGAACUGCAACCACUUCUCCUCCUCGCUCUCCGAGCUGCUGUGCGGCCGCGAAAUCCCGCGCUGGGUCAACCGUCUGGCGUACUUCAGCUCGUGCAUCCCCUUCCUGCAGAGCUGCCUGCCGAAAGAGUGGCUGACGCCGGCCGCCCUGCAGAGCCACAUCAGCCUGGGCCUCCACAAGGACGAGUGCCGCCGCCGUUCCGGCGACGACGACCGCGACCGCCCGUCGCCGCCCUCGUCGUCCGGGGCCGCCGGAUCCUCCUCUUCCUCCUCCUCCUCCUCCUCCUCGCACAGCUGCCGCCACACGAGGGUCUGAGGGGCCGCGGAGGGCCGACCAAGCCUUGCCGGAGCCAGUUUUUUGGACUGCUUAAGACUCCUGAAUGUGGCGCGACCGGCGUCACGCGAAUGCAGCUUUUCCGUCAUACGCGACACGUUCUUUGUAUGGCGGUUGUUGACGACCCCCUGAAAAUUGACUGCAAACCUCUGCUCCUUACCCAGAAUCCUUUGGAGAAAAAAAAAAAUCAUCUCCUACAGCCUUAGAACCAGUAAAUGUUUUACGUGACAUACAGGCACGGGGGAGGCCAAAUUUUGGUUUGAAGCGUCCAUUAUGGGUCACACGAGGCCUUUGGCGUUAUUGAGAAAAAUUCUGACCUCAAAGCCAGUUUCACCAGACAAGACUUGGUAGACUCACAAAAAAAGUCUCAUGAAGCCUUACUUGAAAAGACAGAGGAAGUCAGCCAUUUUGGUUUCAAGCUGCCAUUUUGGCUCAGCAGCAGCCUCCAAAACCGGUUAACCCCUUGCAGGAUGAAAUUUGGACCGCGUGUCUUCUAUCACGAGUACAUCCACAAAAAUGUCUCAAGAAAAACAGGUCUGGCAUUUUGUUUGGAUCUAGCUACUUCGGCCUGGUCUCUAGAUUUUUUAUUUUUAUUCCAGCCUCCAAAGACGGGUUCCAUUAAUAGCGUGAAAUUUGGAGUAGACGUCCAUCAUGAGGGGGCACGGUGGAAAAACUGGUUCGAGCGUUGGCGUCACAGUUCUGAGGGCCAGGGUUCAAAUCCUGACCCAGCCUGUGUGGAGUUUGCGUGUUCUCCUUGUUCCUGUACCGGUUUUCUCCAGGCACUCCGGUUUCCUCCCACAUCUCAAAAACAUGCAUUCAUUGGAGACUCUAAAUUGUCCCCCAUGAUUGGCUAGCAACCAGUUCAGGGUGUACCCCGCCUACGACCCGAUGACAGUCCCAUGACCCUUGUGGGGAUAAGCGGCUCAGAAAACGGAUGAAUGGAUGGACAUUCAUCAUGAAUGGACCCACAUAAAAGUUUCAAGAACGCGUGCAUGAAAAGAUGAAACCAGUCCGCCAUUUUGAUUCAAAACGGUAAUUUUGGCCAUUCUGUCUCCACAAGUUAUGUCCAAAACAAACAGGAAGCAAACUAUUUUGUUUUGAAAGGGCCAUUUUGAAAUCUUUUUUAAUCAUCCAGGGACCCUCAAAGGAUUUCUUAUUAAUUUUUUUCAAAUGCUAUCAAAUUGGAAACAAAUACACGAAGAUGGUACUAAAUUGCAAAAAAAAAAGUGGGUGGUUGGUAGCAAAUUUUGAUGGCUUACAAUAUCAACGCAUAUUUUUUAGUUCAAGUAAUAAUCGCAGUUAGCUUUGCUUCUAUUUACUUUUUGACUUUAAAAGUCUGCUCCUUUAUAAAUGUAGUCCAUCGUAUGAUAAAAGCGCUUGUUUUCGUUUGGCUCAACUUGCAUUAGCAGUUAGCUUGGCAUAUACUUUACUAUUUCUUUUUCAAAAGUCAGCUGCUUUAUAACUAAUGGUAUACUACUUGUAGUUAUUAUCCAUCCUAUGAGACACAUGCACUUAAUUUCAGUUUGAUCGCGUAGUUAGCUUAGCGCACACUUAGCUGGGCCUUUUACUGCGUGUCUUGUUAUGCUAAGCUAACUGCUUGCUACUCUGCCAACGCUGUAAGACGAUAUUGUGGUUGUAAACAUGUUUACAGGUUGCAAAGCACUUAAAGGCAAAAAAAAAAAAAGGGAAAGUUUUCAUUUUGGGGUAAAGUACACGGAUUUAUUUUGUAUCCCUCCUGCUACGAUUGUGACGCGUUCGAGGACAGCUAAUCUCUCUCAGGAAGGAACUCACUCGUUGUGACUGGUUUGGACAUUUCACCGAGUGUAUUUGUGUUGCAGCUAACAAACACUUAUACCACACAUACACAGGUUGUACAGUGCUUCAUACAGUACAAUACAUUAUAUGACUUUCUUACAGAGUACACUAGACAGACAGGUAUUUUUUUCUAGCGUCAUCCGAGACCUCGUAAUUCUCUUUCCUCAACCCAAGACUUGAUCUAUUAGUACUAGAAUAAAGAGACGAGUACUAAGUGAAUGUUUGUCUUGUGUUACAUUUUAAAAUACAAGUUAUA